AUGACCGCACCGAAACCCUCUCAUCUCCAUCAUCACCUCAUCCUUACCGCGCCGCGGCCCCGGGUCCGGUCAGAGGACGGCGGGUCCCGCUACUCCGCAGACGACUGCCAGGUAACGCCGGUCAUCCACGUACUGCAGUAUCCGGGCUGCGUACCGAAGCCCAUCCCGUCGUUCGCCUGCAUCGGCCGGUGCGCCAGCUACAUCCAGGUGUCGGGCAGCAAGAUCUGGCAGAUGGAGCGCUCCUGCAUGUGCUGCCAGGAGUCGGGCGAGCGGGAAGCGUCCGUGUCGCUCUUCUGCCCGAAGGCGAAAAAUGGGGAGAAAAAGUUCCGCAAAGUAUGCCGUCACAACCUGCCUCCUCCUUCCUCCGUCGCCCUCGUGGUUCCCUUGAGAGUGACUUGA